AAAAAAAUCCCCACCAUACCAGCUGCAACACAGAAGUUUAAUCAGAGUUCAUGAACAAAUCUGUUGAUGCAGAAUUCAGCCAACACGAAGCAGAGUAACAGCAUCUGAAAGAGGAUUGCUGUGGUUGUUACCAGUGUCCGUCGUUAGAGGGUGCUGGAUCUGAGGAGAAUAAGUUGUGUUCGGAGAAAAUAAUGGAAGUAAAAGGUGUUUGGAAAAAGCACAGGUUACCAUGGCCCUGGCAGGUUCCUAUGAAGUUGCGGUGAAGAACGCAGCCAAAGCUGUUAUCAAACCCCUGAAAAUAUGCAUGUGCUCCCUCAAUAGUGUUUAUGAAGCCCUCAUUGAUGCAGAUGUACACCCUGUUACUGGAUACUGCUCCAACUACGGCUACAUCAGGACCCAGAUCGAACAGGCCUGGUGGAGUUUACAGCGCUCGGAUGAAGCAGCCUCGACGUGCUUGAGGUCUCUGGAUAAAAGUUUGGAGACGCUCACGCAGGACGAGGGAAAACUGGAAUGGAAGAAAAAUGAUACAAAAAAGAUUUUGGGCAACUUGAGAACAAACCAGGAUUCUAAUAAAGAGAUGCUCAAAGAAUCUCAGGGAGCUUUGAAGCAGGCAGAGAGAAACCUGAGUUCAGCAAGAAGGACAGUUGAGGAACAGGAAAAAAGGGUAGAAAAUGCAAAAGAGUGUGCAACAGUUGGACUGGUGGUGACUGCUAUACCAUUUGUCGGAUGGGUUGUUGGUCCUGCGAUGGUGAUUGGUAGCGCAAUCGAAAUUUCGGAAGCGUCAAGUGCCAUCGAAAUAGCUGAAGAAGAGGUGGAAAAGUUCCAGAAUCAAGCAGACAAAUAUGAAGAUAAAGUGAGCAACUACAGGUCCAAGAUUUCACGGACCAACGAUUCUAUCACCCAGAUUGAUUAUAAGCUGAAUCAGAUCCGCAAAGAGGUCAAAGUGAUGAAAAGACAGAGGUGGGGAAUCGCUGAGUUGCAGAGGAAGGUCAGGAGCGCCGUCCACCUUCUGAGAGUCCUCAGUGGGAAGGUCAACGUGAUGGAACAACAGACUCGCAUGUUUAUUCUACAUCAACCGGUCGUGAUGGUGAUGGAGGAGGUCUUGAAGUCGACAAGAGAGAUCGUGGGUAACGAGCUCCUCUGUAACGCGGGCGUGUUAAGCAUUAUUGAGAAAAUGAGGGUAAACAACCAACGUCUGAAAGCCGUCUGUGCUUCACAAAAUACUGAUAACGAUAUGAUGCAAUACUUCUAACAGUAAAUAAAUACAUUCACUCAGACUUCAGGAGUCAAUAAAAACAUGUAAAUAAUAAAGAA